UUCUCCUGAUUUAUUUGUUUCUUCUUUUAUCUUCAUUAUUUAUUUCAGGCUUUCUUUGGGGCCAUUUUGUUUGUGUUUGUCUAGGUACUUGGGUUGGAUGUCUCAUUGAUUUAUUACUGUUCUACUGUCCCUUGUGGUGUCACAUGGGACUCAAGGGGGCUUCUGCUUGCCCCCGCCCAGCUCAUGUGUGCAGGUCUUUUUGUACCACGCUAGAGGCCGUUGACUCGUACCAUGGAUGUUUCGUCACUUGGGAGAAGACUGUGCCUUUUCCAGCUCUUCCCAAGGUUCCUAUUUUACUCAAAAAUUGAGUUGCCAUUUAUGUUAAUUUUCUUUGUGCAUGGUUUAUUUCAGAAUGGAGAAGAAAGUAGUAAUCUAUCAUAUAGUGCAGAAUCCAAUAUACUUAAUGGUGUUGAUCCCCCUAUAAUAUUGGGUGAUAAUCUUCAAAUCUUCAAUAAAGGUAUUUCAUGACAGAUGAAUUAUAUAAGCCUGGUGGCCCAGUGUUUCUGAUUGUUGGAGGUGAGGGGGCUGCUGAUACCGUAUGGCUGUCCAGGAAUGUUCCUUGGAUGAAAUAUGCCGAGAAACUGGGAGCACUCUGCUUCUUUGUGGAACACAGAUUUUACGGACAAAGCCGGCCAACUGCAGACCUGAGCACCUCCAGCCUCCGCUACCUCAGCAGCAGGCAAGCCUUGGCCGAUCUUGCCAACUUCCGAAACGUCAUGGCCAAGAAGAUGGGGCUCACCAACAACAUGUGGGUCACAUUUGGUGGUUCUUAUGCAGGAGCCCUUGCAGUGUGGUUGAGAAUGAAAUACCCCGACCUGUUUGCUGUGGCUGUGGGCAGCAGUGCGCCGCUCCUAGCAAAAGUUGAUUUUUAUGAAUACCUUGAAGUCAUUCAAAAUUCUCUGGCUGCACAUAAUAGUGAAUGCCCAGAAAUGGUGAGACAGGCUUCUGACAUGGUGGUGGAGAUGCUGAAAAGCCCAGAAAACUAUGAUAAACUGAAAAGAGAUUUCAGAGUGUGUGAAACUCUGCAAAUUAACUCGGAAAUGGAUUCAGCCUAUUUCCUGGACUGUCUGGCGAGUCCUUUUAUGGAGGCUGUUCAGUUUAAUAGACAGGACACAUCUUUUGGGGAUCUGCUGGGAACCCGGAUCACUAUUGAUGACCUGUGUAUGAUCAUGACCGAUGUCUCCCUGGGUUCGCCCUAUGACAGAUACGCAGUGGCUACGCAGCUAGUGGCUGACAAGCACAGCAUGCCCUGCCGGGACUCUAGUUACAGGAAAUACGUGGAGGUCCUGGCUGACCCCUCCUGGGAAGGCCCUGCUGCAGAAGGAGCCAGGCAGUGGUUGUAUCAGACGUGCACUGAAUUUGGCUUCUAUCCAAGCUCAACUUCGAAGAACCAACCCUUCUCUGGAUUCCCUGUGAGGUUUUUUCUUCAGCAGUGUUCAGAUAUCUUGGGCCCUGAGUUCAAUGCCAUUUCAGUAGCUCAGGCUGUUGAGGCCACCAAUGAGUUCUACGGUGGCCUGAAUGUGACAGGAAGCAAAAUUGUCUUUGCUAAUGGUUCCAUUGACCCUUGGCAUGCUCUGGGAGUAAUAAAAGAUAUCAGCGAAGAUUUGCUUGCUGUUUACAUUGAAGGUGAAGCCCACUGUGCAAAUCUCUAUCCAGCCCAAAAUAAUGAUUCAGUGGAACUAACUCAUGCACGAGAAAAAAUCUUUGAGUUUCUGCAAAAGUGGCUAACUAACACGAGUAAUUGACGAGAAAGAAAAGCUCAAUGGAAUGCAAAAUCUGCCCUCCAUUUUAUUCCUAGAAUACAAAACCACUGCAAGAAUGAAGUUAGAGCAAAUGAAAGGACAAUAUUUUUUUUUUUUUUUUUUGAGACAGGGUCUCUGUCUCCCAGGCUAGAGUGCAGUGGUGUCAUCAUAGCUCAC